AUGCCGGAUCCAACUGUACAGCAGGCAUCAGGAGGUGCAUCGCAGAAUUCCAACCAGAUGCUGAUGCAAAUCCUCCAACAGCAGCAGCAGUUGAUGACGCAACUCACUCAGCAGGUUUCAGCAACCCAGCUGGCCAUUCAGAAGUUGUCGAGGGACGAAAUUGUUUUGGAUUCGCUCUCUAGCAACAUCACUGAGUUCGUUUAUGAUCCGGAGCAGGGCUUGUUUCACCGCCGUUAUUUGUGUCUGCAAACGACAAAAGAAGAUUCGGAUGAUUUUGUGUCGUAUUCGUGCAAAGUGAACAAAGCGUGUGUGGACUUCAAGUUGCGAGAACUGUCCGAAGAGCAAUUUAAAUGUCUCAUUUUUGUGUGCGGUCUGAAAUCGUCGCGAGAUUCGGACAUUCGUAUGAGGUUGAUUACCAAAUUGAAUGAGACAGAAGACAUUUCUCUGGAAAAAGUGGUGGAAGAUUGUAAAAGUUUACUGAACCUGAAACAAGACAACAGUCUUGUAGAAAAACAGCAAUCAUUCAGUGCUGUUAAUGCAGUUCAUCAGGAUCGACCUUUCAAGCCUAAACACAAACAAGGUGCCUGGAGGAAAGUGAACAACAAUCAACCGAAAACCCCAUGUUGGUCAUGUGGGGGAAUGUAUUUUUCUGCCGAUUGCUCAUUCCGUGAACAUCAGUGUCGCGAGUGCAAGAAAAAAGGACAUAAAGAAGGAUAUUGUGCCUGUUUUUUAUCUGGAAAUACCAGCGGCAGUAAAGACAAGAAGAAAAAGUACAGUUCUAAGCACAGAAAGGAUGUGAAUAUUGUGUCAGUGAAAAACAUCAGUCAGCGGAGGAAGUUCGUGGAAAUCUAUAUCAACGAUGUUCCGGUUCGGUUGCAGUUUGAUUCAGCGUCGGACAUAACAAUUAUCUCCGACAAAUUGUGGCGAAAAAUCGUACAACCUCAAGGAAUUCCACCGUCAUGCAACGCCAAAUCUGCUUCAGGGGAAUCACUUGAUCUCGCCCGGGAAUUUUUGUGCAAUGUAAACAUCAGUGACAAAACGAAGAGAUGUUCGUGUCGUGUUGCUUCACCCAAUCUGGAGUUAAACAUUCUUGGCUCUGACUGGAUUGAGCUUUUCGGAUUAUGGGACGUGCCUAUCAGUUCGUCUCUGCAAGUUCAGUCCCCAAAAGUGUUUUCAAACGAAAUGGGACUUUGCACAAAAACAAAAGUGCGAUUGACGCUGAAAGGAGAACCAAAACCAGUUUACCGACCAAAACGUCCAGUUUCAUACAGUGUACAAGGUGCGGUAGAAAAUGAACUUCAUCGAUUGCAGAAUUUGGGAAUCCUCAAACCAAUCAAUCAUUCAGAUUGGGCAGCUCCGAUCGUCGUAGUGCGGAAACCGAACGGUAAGGUUCGCAUUUGUGCUGAUUUUUCGACGGGUCUCAACGAUGUUUUGGAGUCGAAUCAGUGUCCGCUUCCUUUGCCAGAAGACAUUUUCACCAAGAUGGCCGGAUGCAAGUUUUUCAGUCACAUCGACCUGUCGGACGCGUAUCUACAAGUGGAAGUGGAUCCCCGAGAUCAGCAUCUGCUAACAGUCAACACCCACAAGGGACUUUUCCGCUAUACACGCCUCACACCUGGUAUCAAAUCAGCUCCGGGUGCAUUCCAGCAGAUCAUGGACGCAGUGUUGAGUGGUAUCGAAAAGACCUCUGGUUAUUUGGAUGACGUGUUAGUGGGUGGUCGCACUAAAGAAGAACACGACUACAAUCUGAAACAAGUGCUUCAACGGUUAGAACAGUACGGGUUUACAGUACGGAUCGAGAAGUGCCAUUUCAACAUGGAACAAGUGGAAUACUUGGGGCAAAUUCUGGAUGGUGAUGGAAUCAGACCCGAUCCGAAUAAGACAGCAGCUAUCGCCACCAUGCCACCGCCUCAAGAUGUUUCGUCACUCCGUUCAUACCUAGGAAAUGUAAACUAUUACGCAAAAUACGUUCCGGAAAUGCGUAAGUUACGGUUUCCGAUGGAUCAGCUGUUGAAAUCAGGAGCAAAGUGGGUAUGGUCAGAAGCAUGUCAGCGAUCAUUCAAUCGGUUCCGAGAAAUCCUGCAGUCACCGUUAACACUUUCACACUACAAUCCAAACUUGGAAAUCAUAGUGUCGGCGGAUGCGUCAAAUUACGGAAUCGGUGCGCGCAUUGCCCACAAGCUACCAGAUGGAUCAGUGAAACCGAUAUCCUAUGCGUCGAGAAGUCUUACACCAGCCGAGUCCAACUACAGCCAAAUCGAGAAGGAAGGACUCGCACUGAUUUUCGCCGUAACCCGGUUCCACCGUAUGAUUUUUGGACGACAGUUUAUACUGGAAACGGAUCACAAGCCGUUACUAGCUAUUUUUGGUUCCAAGAAAGGCAUUCCAGUAUAUACAGCCAACAGACUUCAGCGAUGGGCAUAA